AUGGACAAGGCUCAGUCAAGUAAACAAUCUUUGAAGAGUUCAAAAAGAAGAAGAGCUGCAAUUGCUAAUGCAAUUCGAGAGACGAUGGAUGGAAAGAUGAAAAUGGAGCUUUGGGCUUUCAUACAGCAAAGGUUCAAACUUCUUAGACCAAAGAACGUCGAGUCCGAAGAAGUUUGGGUAAAAUUUGUCGAGGAUACUCUUUCAGCUCAUUUUACUGAAAAAAGUUCCAAGUUUAGCAAGAUGAGAACUAAUCAGAAGCUUCUCCAUACAAUGGGUCGAAAGGGUUAUCCACGCAUGGCUCAUGAAAUGAGAAAGAAGAAUCCAGAUUUAAAAGGGUUAAGAACAAGAGUAUGGACUUGUGGACAUCUUAGGAAAGAUGGAAAACCAAUAAAUGAAGCAGUUGCCGAUACUUUGAGAAGGAUUGAAGAAUGUUCCGCAUCAAUUUCUGAUACACCCGCCGAAGAUUCCAUUCGCGAUGAUGCUGUCGCUCGCAUUUUAGGCCCUGAAUGUCAUGGGAGAACUCAAGCACAAAGGAUGGGAGCACUAGAAGAAAAAGUGGAAGCACUUCUCAAGUUAUCUCAGCAGAGUGUAGACGACAGGAAUUCAAAUGUCAUUACUCCUCAGUCGCACCAAGCAAGUACCACACCUAUGAUAAAUGCAAGAUGUCAACUGUUGCAUUGGUAUAUGUUUGAAGACGAAGAGGUCGUAGCAGAAGGGAAGAUUGCAGCAACAGACCCAAGUGCAAAGCCAUGGGAAGUACUGUUGCUUGGCCAAAGAGCAGUAUUAGGCUAUUUUGAGUCAGAACAAUGCUAUGUGUAUAUCUUGCAUGACGACUUGUCUUUUGCCCGAAUUCAGCCUGACCCACCUCUUGCAAUCUCAGUGCAUCAUCUUCCUGUGAGGCAGCUAUCUCAUGCCUCUACUAUCCAAUCGUCUUUUACACCAACGAGGUCUUUACCUCCUCCUACUAGGUCCAUAUCUUUACCUCCUAAUUUAGUGCCUACACAAAGGAUGUUAGGAUAUAAUGCAUACAAGCAAGUUGAGGUAGAGGUAGAAGCUUUGAAAGUAUGGUGGGCUAAGAGAAAUGUGCCAAUUGAUGAAGAAGAGCAAUGA